UGACGCGCCUCAGUUGCGAGUUUGGCGGCUUCGGGUGAGGAUCGUCGGAAACGCCUAGCCCUCGUCAUGUCGUUUCGCCAGCGGAGCCCCUUGGCCGGCCGGACUCGUAGCAGAUCAACUGCUUCAUGGAGUCAAGGCAGGAAGCGCGAUGCAGAUGGGAAGCACAGGAAUACGCACGAGCCCAGCGGCCCAACCAUUGACUACGAUUCGUACAGCCUGGCAGAUGGCAGAUCAGAGAGUUUCACAACCCCAGAGGGCCACAAGCCCCAUUCGAGAUGUUCAGACUGGGGGAGUGCAGUUGAAGAAGAUGAAAUGAGGACUAAUGUCAACAGAGAAAUGGCAAGAUACAAAAGAAAGCUGCUGAUAAAUGAAUUUGGAAGAGAAAGGAAGACCUCUACUGGAAGUUCGGAUUCCAAGGAAUCUACAGCAGCUGUGGAACUGGAGACUGACGAGGCUGUUCUAAUGAGGAGACAAAAACAAAUAAAUUAUGGGAAGAAUACGUUGGCAUAUGACAGAUAUAUUCAAGAAGUUCCUAGGUGUCUACGAGUUCCAGGGGUCCAUCCAAGGACUCCAAAUAAAUUUAAAAAGUACAGUCGGAGAUCUUGGGAUCAACAGAUCAGGCUUUGGAAAGUGGCGUUGCAUUUUUGGGACCCUCCCCAUGAAGAAGGUUCCGAUGCACAAGAACUUAGCCCUGUUGAUCUCGGUGAUAUGGAAACAGAAACUGUAGGAAGCAAUUCCUUGGUGCUACAGGGAAGUUCCCAAGACAACAAUGUGAAUUGUACAGACACCAACCAAACUGAGAAGAAGAAUUGAGCAUCGAUUUAAUGACUAAAUCCAGCCAGAGGCACCUUCUGGUAUGAAGCUUAUGUCACCGGUAGAAUCGUGUGUCCAGCAGGGUCCGUUUUCAGGAAGGGGCAACUCCAUUAGAUUCAAACAGAAAUAAGAAAUUUUACUGCGUUACCAUCUAGGGCUGCGGCAACUUUUAAGAUGAAAAUCAAUGUUUCUCUGACCUCCUUUGAAAGCAUAAGAAUGGAGUCAUAUGUAAUUGAGUAACUGCCUAAUUUAUAUACCUGCAUAUGAAACGGGGCUUUGUAAGCAACUGGAUUAUAGUUAAGAAAAACCCGAAUGGGCAACGUUGCCACAGUUUUAGCAGUUUUAAAACAUGAAAUUUUAGUAAAAUAGUUUUAGCACUUGGUUAAUGUCUUUUAACCAUGACACAAGGUGGUUCUGCACCCUGCCCUGUAAGUUUCACAAUGUGAGAAUUUAUGCUUUUCAAAUUAUUUCUUUCAGAAUUACCAAACAAUUGGCAAUAACCUUUUCCCAGGACAUGCAGGCCUCUUGGAGAAAUAAACGGCCUCUUUCGGGUGGCACACCUCACCGAGUUUUAAGCCGAUAACUUGUAAAUAAUUUUCUGCAGGGCUGUGUGUACCUUUAAGGACGGCUGACUGAAGGGAGCUUGGGAAUGUUAUUUUUAUUCAUUCUUAAUAUAAUUUUUUUUUACUAUUGUUGCUGUUUUUGUAUGGAAUAAAAUAUAAAUAUAAAUAAA